AUGGUCAUCGAUGCGGGAAAAGACUCGGUCUCCUAUCAUGUCCCAACUCCUACGGAGCAAAAGCCCAAAACACGGCAGAUGCCCGUCACACUUCUUUCAGGAUUCCUGGGAAGCGGCAAGACAACCCUCCUCAAACACAUCCUCCAGUCUCCUGGCCAUGGGUUACGGAUUGCUGUCAUCGUCAAUGAUAUGAGCCAGCUGAACAUCGACGCCACCCUCAUCCAAAACCACAAAGUCUCCCAGACCACCGAGAAGCUCAUUCGACUUCAAAACGGAUGCAUCUGCUGCACCCUACGGGGGGACUUGCUGUCUGAACUGGCAGCUCUGACGAAACGAAAUGAGGCUGACUAUGUCAUCAUUGAAUCGACUGGCAUUAGCGAGCCCAUGCAAGUCGCUGAGACUUUCACGGCUGAGUUUAGCUCGGCCAUGCUGGAAGCUGAAGAUCAGAUUGCGAAUGAUGAUGCUGAUGCAAAGAAGAUCCUGAACGAAAUUGUGGAACUAGGUGGCUUGCACACAAUGGCUCGGUUAGACACUACAGUCACUGUCAUUGAUGCCUUCAACUUGCUUUCCAGCUUCGACACAGCAGAGUUCCUCUCUGACCGCUAUGGGAAAGAAGAGAUUGUCCCCGAGGAUGAGCGCACAAUAUCUGAUCUCAUGGUGGAUCAGAUUGAGUUUGCCGAUGUGUUGAUUCUCAAUAAGGUCGAGACGGUUGACCAAGCAACACGCGAUAAGAUCAUGCAUUUGCUGAAGCUACUGAACCCAGCCGCGAAGAUCCUCGAGUCAAGUUACUCUCAAAUAGAUGUCCGGGAAAUCAUCAACACAAAAAAAUUUGAUUUUGUCCGUGCUGCUUCUGGUCCUGGGUGGCUGCAGAGCCUGCACGAAAUGACGAUACAGACGACAGGGAACGGUGACCGGAUGGCACCGAAACCAGAGACCUUGGAGUAUGGCAUCAACAACUUCGUCUACACUGCUCGUCGACCCUUCCAUUCACGCCGCCUUUUCGCUCUUCUUCACGACAAGUUCAUCAUUCUCCAGAAUACCGAAGAAGAAGUCGACGAGGAAGACGAAGAGGAGGAAGAGGAAGAUGAAAUGGACACAGACUCCGAUUCCGAGUCUGUGGAAGACUUUGACCAGCCUGAUCCAGCGGUCAUUCUGAACAACAAACGUACCCACCCAGCCUUUGGUCCUGUUCUCCGCUCCAAGGGCUUCUUCUGGCUCACAACCAGGCCCUGGCAAUUCGGAGAAUGGAGUCAAGCAGGUGGUAUGAUGACUGUUGGAUGCGGUGGACCUUGGUUUUCUGAAGUCCCAGACGAGGACUGGCCAGAAGACAAGGAUGUGCGGGAAUCCAUCCAAAAUGAUUUCCAAGGUCCCUGGGGUGAUCGUCGCCAGGAACUAGUGUUUAUCGGGGAAGGUAUUGACAGUGUGAAGAUUAGUGCUUUGUUGGAUGAGUGUCUUCUAGAUGAUAAGGAUAUGAAGAAGUGGGAGAAGGUUAUGAAGAACAAGAAAAUGAGCAGAGAGGAGAAGACGGAUAAGUUAGCAAAAAUGUGGGAAGAUGGCUGGGAAGAUUGGCCUGCACUCGAGGCCGAAGAAGAAGAGGAAGAAGAAAAGCCGGAGCAGGGGAAGCAUCGAAUCAGCGAUUAUCUGGGUCCUCAGCAGGGGACUAAACAUGUUCAUGGACACAGCCACCGGAUGGUUGCUGUAUGA